GUACCGCGAGAUUUCCAACUCGGGUCGCUCUCGGGUCAAAACAGGACGACAGUUGCUCGGAGUUUACGCAUUUUCUUGGAGUUUAUUUUGCACACAUUAAUUUGCUGUGGUUGUCGGCGUGUUGUGUCCAGCCAUGAGCGCCAUUCUCCCCCGGAUAGAGCAGCUGUCCUGCAGAGUCGUUCGGGUUUUGGGCUGUAACCCGGGACCGAUGACACUUCAGGGAACCAACACUUACCUGGUCGGCACUGGCAAAAGGCGAGUGCUGAUCGACACCGGGGAGCCUGCGGUGCCCGAGUACAUCAGCUGUCUGAAACAGGCGCUGCAGCAGUUCAACACGAGCAUCCAGGAGAUCAUCGUGACACACUGGCAUCACGACCACACCGGCGGGGUGGCCGACAUCUGCAGAGACGUCACUGGUUUCGAGGUGCAAGUCAGCAAACUGCCUCGGCCCAGCCAGACAGAGGAGGCGAGUGGAGACAAAGCCUUCACUUACUUAAAAGAUGGCGAUGUCAUCCAGACGGAGGGAGCCACGCUCAAGGUGCUGUUCACCCCGGGCCACACAGACGACCACAUGGCGCUGAUGCUCGAGGAGGAGAAGGCGCUCUUCUCUGGAGACUGCAUCCUGGGCGAAGGCACGGCCGUGUUCGAGGAUCUCUACGACUACAUGAAGUCCCUGCAAACCCUGCUGGACUCCACAGCCGACCUCAUCUACCCAGGUCACGGCCCCGUGGUUCAGGAUGCAGCCUCUAAGAUCCGAGAGUACAUCAGCCACAGAAACCAGAGAGAGCAGCAGAUCCUGUCGGCCAUCCAAGCGGCAGCAGGAACGGCUUUCUCCUCCAUGGAGCUCGUCAAGAUCGUCUACAAGGAGACGCCUGAAUACUUGCACAAAGCAGCUGAGGUGAACCUCGUCCAUCACCUAAAGAAACUGGAGAGAGAAGGCAAGAUAAGUCUGGCUGAAUCAUCUCAAGCCACCAAAUGGAAGAGUAACCUGUGAUGUGCGUCAAAAUGUCGGUGAAAUGGACUUAAUCUGACUAACUAUUCGUCCUGGCUGUUUCCUUUUUUUCGUAGUCCAUUUUUUUCCUUUAUCUCCAUCCCUCCUUCAUGACUGAAGGUGAAAUCAACAAGAGAUCAGAGCGUUCCCCUGGUUUCACCUCUCCGAUGCUGCAGUCAUGGAAGUCAAAUAGCAGCUUGACGUUAAAACGCACCGACCUGUUCACAUUCAGACUCACCUGAAGCCACCAAGACGUCACAGUGGAAGUUUCUCUGGAUGUCGUUGGUGUUUCAUAAUUAACACAUGACCAUGGUGAUCAGACGUUUUGAGUCACAAACCAAACAUUACAAUAUCAACCACAAACCAGAAAUGAAGAAAGUAGAUCUGCAGUGCCUUGGCAUUUUAAGAGCUGUAAUUCCCGAAAACUCAUGGUGAAGAUUUUGUUUGUUUUAAUGAAAUGAAUCAAUAAUUUCCAGCAUUUGUCAGUACGUAGAAACAUUGAGUCCAUGACCAAACCUGGAUUUAAAUCAACCAGUAAAAUCUAAAAUUUAUCAAAUGAAGCUGAGGUUAUUAAUAAGAUAUGAGUAAGCAGCUCAUAUUGACCAUUGUUUCUGCACGGUGUGAAUACAACACGACUGUUUCAUGGAAAAAUAAGAAAUGCUAAUGUUAAAUGUACUCAGAAUUUGUGUUUACCUUUUGAUUUCAUGUUCAACUGGAAAAAACGAAUAUGUGGCAUGAAUAUAAAAGGCUAUUCAAGUGAUUUCCUUAGUGAAAAUGUUGUAUUUAUUAAAUUAAUCUUAUCUGCCUUGACUUGACUUUGACAAUCCUUAUGGACAGGCCUUACACUCAUCACUCUUCUUCCACCUUUGUACUACUAUUGUUAUAUAUUUUCUGGCAUAACCACCAUCCAUCUUUUUUGUGUAUUGCCUUUGAUCUUCCUUGCUUAUAUUAGGCACUUUGUAAAAUAUGCUACUAUACAGAGUGUUAGUGUCGUUACUGCUCCACUAGGUGGCAGGAUCUGUCAGUAA